UCCACAGGUCACUGGCCCAGGCUUCAUCAGCUAAUCAGUCAUGUUUGGAGGGGGCAUUCUCUGGUGUAAGGCCCGCCCCCCACUGACCAUACAAGGUAACAGUGGAAUGCAUGGCUUGGCAGUCCAUCUGCUUCAUAAGAGAGAGACACACACAGAGCAGAGGGUGUCCCACACUCAUCAGCAGCACUACUUUAGUCUGAUGUGACUGUGAAAACAGAACUUCAGAGAGAUGCCUGACAGCAAACCUACUCCUCAUCUCAUCACCUCAUCACCAGCGGCUCUGCUGUGAAACCAGCCAUACAGUGGACAGACAAGUCACUUCAUCCAGGAAAACCACUUCACCAGCCAGUGGAGAUGACAGCACCUCAGCUGCCCUGCAGCACACUGAUCAGUAAGAGCUCGGCCUGGCUGUACUCAUGCUCCGAGACAGGUGAAGGAGAACCAGGAGAGGAAGAAACACACCAGAUGUCAGAGAUGAGCAUGCAAUGGGGAGCAGCUGAGAAAAUUUCCACAACAAUUUGGCGUCAGAAGUGUCGUCUGGGACAGAGUGCGAACAGUGACAAGCUAUCCUGGAAGACAAAAAAAACUUUCCAGCCUCCAACCUCAAAAAUCCUCUUCAGAGAGGGAGGACUGAUCGCUGAUGCCCUGGAUUGUUGCCGCUGGGAUUCCACGAACUCAAUUCAGCAAGAUUUAUCUGUUGGCAGCUCUGAAGCUGGACCCGGACCUUGACGUUAGCCCACAAAUUCAUCCUCCAAAUCCACCACCAUAUGACUCUGCAACACCCAGUGAGAGAGGACAAGCAGAUCCCUCUACCAUGCCACAGCAAAAACCAAGUUCAGAAACAGCUCAACCCGGGAUGUCUGCUCCACCACAGAAUUCCACAAGCAAAUCCUCUUCUCCAAUUGCACAUAGACUAUGUCACCAUGCUCAAGAUGCAGUCUUCAACAUGCCCAUGGUUGAAGUGUCUGGUCCAGAAGGUGCAACGCUGGUUUUCCGUGCAGGGACUUCUGCUGACAUCACAGCAACCUCACAACACCUUCCCAACCCCACAGCAUCAGGUAAAGCAUUUGUUGAGCAAUUCUCCACGUUUUGCCAGGAAUUUAAACCAACCACAAAUGAACUAAAGAGACUUCUCAUCACCAAGAUGAAACCCACAGACUGGCAGAGAAUAGCUUGCAAAUUCCCAGCUGUUGACAUCCGUCGCAGACACAUUAACUGGGAAGACCAGUCUAACGCCCAAUACAGAGAUGCUGUCCAUAAUCUCUGUGAGACAUUUACCCAAGCUUUCCCUGGUAAAGCUGACUUGGAAAAAGUCACAGUUUGCAGACAAAAGGAUGAUGAAAACCCUGAUGAAUAUCUCACUCGCCUGACAGAGGUCUUUAACACCCACAGCGGCCUUCAACCACCAGAUGAGUUAAGAAAUACUCCAGAUGUGUGGGAAAUUCAUCUUUGCAAUUGUUUCUUUUUAACAUUGUCUCAGCUGUUAAAAAUUCCUGCAUUUUUUGGAAUGAUGCAUUCCUGUCCGAACUUCGCAGACAUGCCAUACACGCCCAUGACCAACUGCUCUCUAAGAAAAAGACGAAAGAAGAGACAACACAGAGAGAGCUACAGAUGGCUGCAAUAACCAUGUUCAAUGCAGUCCAAGAACAUGAAGGACUAGAUCAUCGACACAGAUGUAACGGAUAUGGCAGAGGAAAAAACUGGGAUAAAAGAGCUAGUAAUACUCCUAGAGAUGCCUGUUACCACUGUGGCCAACAAGGACAUCGGGCAUGUGAGUGUCCCACAAAAGCAUCAUCAACUCCAGCAAACAAGUCAGACUGAAGAUGCUUUGGGGCGGCCGGAGAGGGACGAACUCCUGCUGACAAGCUUAACCAACCUGUGAGGUUGGGGGAAGGUACUGCACCACUGUCACGCACACGUACAGAGCAAAAUAACACACACUGCUACAAAAUGUGCUAAAAUGUGUCUAACAUAUGUUCACUACACAUCUGAUCAUUUCAAGAAGAUUCCACAACAUACAUUAGCCAUUGCAGUACAAAAUGUUGUAUUCUUAGUCAACUCAGGAGCCACACAUUCUGUGAUAAAAGUUGUAGAAUUCAUCAGGACAAACAAUUAGAGAAAACAUCACUGUCCCACUCAAAUGUAAAGAUGGGCCAAAUACAAGUUUCAAACAUGCUUUCUUACUCUCUGAAGUCUGCCCCAUUAACCGAAUGGAAAGAGAAUUAAUGUGCAAAUUAGGCCUCUGUUUGAUCUCAACCCCAGAAGGGGUCAAAGUUCUGAUUUGGAACCAAAUUUCUCACACUCCUUAGUUCACCACACCUCAAAUCUGUUAUAUGCAUGGGGCGCCCCCAUAGCCGAUGGUGGCAUGGCAUACCACAUGGGCUUAAGUGCCCUGAGCAGCUGGUCCCUGGAUCAACUCCAAGUCUGGCCGGAUCUUUACUGUGUGUCAUUCCCCCACUCUCUCUCCCUGUUUCUGGCCUCAUCUCCACUGUCCUAUCCAAUAAAGGCGAAAAAGCUCAAAAAUUACUUUAAAAAAAAUCUGUUAUAUGCAUAUCAAUGGAAAUUGACACAAUUAACAGCCUCUUCUGAGCUUACCACAGAAGCAAGGAAGAGAGUUUUAACAACUGGGACAGAUUUCAUGACACCAGAGAACCUGCAUUGCAUCUCUCAUGUGUCACCAGGACCUGAUGAGCCUUAUGAGGAGAGUUGGGUAAGACAGAGAGCUGAUAAGCUCUCACUAAUGCACAUAUAUUGGACAUCACACAGUUGUGCUAUAUCAGUCUCUCUCACACCAGCUCAGUCCGACAUGUACACCAUGGACCAUUUGGUCCCACAUAUCACACUUGCAAACCACACAUCAGAUAAUUGGGAAGAUUUGGGCCCUUUUGUGAAAUCAUGUCAACGCGAGACUGACAAGUAACAUCUGACCAAUCCAUUUUAUUUUCUCCAUCACUGCAGUAUUACUCUAAGAGUAUAACAUCUAUUGUGUACACUCAAAGAACAAUCCAGCUGGUACCUAAAAGCACUUCUAAACCUUUUCUUUUUCUUUCUGAAGAACAAGCGGCAACCACUACCGCCUUACAGGAAGUCCCUAAGACACUGUGGGCUGUCAGUAAGUAUGAUGUUGGCCUCAUCAAAGACUGUGAACCUGUUGUGAUCACUCCAAAAUCAGACUUCAGACCCUGCAAGAUGCAAUAUCCACUCAAACAAGAAGCCAUCGAUGGUAUAACACCAGUCUUUAAGUCUCUUAAAGCAGCAGGAGUAAUUAUUCCCUGUGAUGACUCUCCAGUGCGCACACCCUUAUUCCCUGUUAAAAAAAUCAGAGAUAAAGACCAACCUACAGAAUGGCGUUUUGUCCAGGAUCUGCAAGCAGUAAAUGUAGCAGUCCAAAUGUUCCAAACCCUUACACCAUCUUGUCACAGGUUCCACCCAAUGCAAAAUUCUUUUCAGUAGUAGACCUGUUGAAUGCUUUUUUUAGUGUUCCAGUUCAUCCAAAAAGCCAUUUCUGGUUUGCCUUCAACUUCAAUGGGCGAGGCUACACAUUCACUCGCCUGGGUCAAGGGAUGAAAGUCCCAAUGGUGAAAGUCCCACCAUUUACAAUGAAGCCCUCAGACAAAGCCUGAAUCUCUUGUUCUUUCUCCAGGCACUGCCUUGUUACAGUAUGUGGAUGACCUUAGAUCUGCAGUCCAACCAAGGAGCUGUGUGAAACCAACACAGUCAAACUGUUGAAACAUCUGGCUAGUGGUGGUCACAAAGCUAGCCUGUCAAAACAAAAUUUGUUCAAGAAAAGGUUGUUUUCCUAGGCCAUGUCAUUACUUCUGAAUGUGUUCUUAUUGCAGCAAGUUUGCUCCCCAAGACCAGAUCUACAAGACACCAUUAACUAACCCCGAUUUGGUUCUCUUUGUAGAUGGAUCAGCCUCACGUGACCCACAAACUGGUCGUAACAGAGUUGGAUUUGCUGUUGUCACUAAUCAUGAAACUCUUAUCUCAAGUUCACUCCCUUCCCACUAUUCUGCACAAGUAGCAGAACUGACAGCAUUGACAGAAGCAUGCAAACUGGCAAAUAACAAGUCUGCAACCAUUUACAUCAACUCUAGAUAUGCAUUUAGUGUUGUGCAUGACUUUGGCACUCCAUGGAAACACAGACAUUUUUUUGAAAUCUGAUUCUAUCUCUCUAGGUAAUGCAAGAGCUGAUGCUGCUGCAAAAGUAGCAGCACUCCAACCCAUAUGUCCUGAUACCUUGUUCGUUUCAACUCCUGUCUCUGUUCCCAGCUCUCUUACAGCAGUGCAGUCUUUUGCCACACCACAAAAAAAGAUGUUGUGGAGGCGCUGCCACACAGAAAGAUGUGUGGUGGGGACCCGAUAACAAACCCUGCCUGCCAAAACAUUUCUUCCCUCACUUUGCAAAAUUGACACAUGGAUUGGACCAUGUGUCAAAAGGGGGAAUGCUAGAUGCCAUAACUCAAUACUAGUUCACCAAAGGCUACGUAGAGAUUUUGCCAGUCGUGUAUGGUUUGUGCAACACACAAUACAGGUAAAACCAAAACAAUCACACAUGCUGCUCAUCCACCACCAGAUAGGAUGGUGAUGGAUUUCAUAGAACUGUCACCAGAGGAAGAGAUACUGCUUGGUAAUGGUUGACAUGUGGUCAAAAUGGGUUGAAGCAUUUCCAGCUAAACACCAAAACAGCCAAGUGGUAGCAAAGGCUCUGAUAACAGAAAUCAUUCCUCGAUAGAGAAUACCAAUCAAACUCAGCAGCGAUAAUGGUUCAUACUUCACAAUUCUGCAAUAGCCCAAAUCAGUGCAUUUUUUGCCAUUGACCUCAGACAACAUUGUGCAUACCACCCUGCUAUGCAUACCACCCUGCCAGUGGAGGUGCUGUCGAACGGGAAAAUGGCACUCUGAAAUUAAAGUUAGCCAAGUGUUGUGAAGAAACAGGACUGCCAUGGACAAAAGCUUUGCCUAUUGUUCUAAUGCGCAAUGAGAAAAUGGUCCAGAGUGAACAUGGGUCUCUUUGAGAUCAUUUUUGGGCAGACCCCCAUCCCUGGGAGUGGAGCCUGUAACCAGACCACUCCCCUCAACUGGCUUAUAUGAGGAUGAAUUGUUACAAUAUUGCAAAAGCUUACAAUAUUUUUUGGAACAGGUGGUUGAGCAGCUCUCACAAAUGCAGCCUUCACUCAAUCUGACAGAAAAUAAUUUAGUUAUAAAAAGAUCUGCAUGGCACUGAUCAACUUCAGGUCCUCAACACUUGCACAUGUAUUAACAACACAUCCAUCACAGUUCAGACAAAUCAUGUGUUGAUUAUCCUUAUAAUAAACAGGCUAGUACUUGCACCACAGUAAAAUGAUAAACUAGCCUGGUUCCUUGUUGAACUUUAGGGCUGUGUCCAUUCUCAGAGGACUGAUCCCUUGGUCAUCUAAAAGAACAUCCGCCACCUCCUCCUUUAAAAUCACGUCUGCUAACUUUAGCAAGAAAGAAGCUGAGGACACAUGGAAGCUUAACAAGUCCAGCAAUGUGUUUAUGUGAACCGAGGACAGAUGAAAAGCACUAUCUCUCGCUUACUUUAUACACAUGAACGCCACAUGAGAGUCCGCUGUGUUGAUAUGGAUGAGCGAUUCUCUCACACGAUCAGUCACAAGCUGGGUGUUUAGUAAGGACAAUAUCUGUCCACUUUUUAUCAAAAAAGAAGAACUUUCCCCCGCCUGUGUAUCCUUCAUAACACUGGGGUUUCUCCAGAUGCCUGUACCACGAAGCGAGGUUACUGGCUUAUCAGGGUAACUUCAGGAGUAACUUAGUGAUGUCAGGUGUAACUUCCCGGUUAACCUGUACUAUGAAAGGUGGAUAGGUUUUACCUGGGGUCUGCUGCCAUGGUAAUUUACGCUGCAUCUCUAAACUGCUCCGAGCAGUUUAUGUUCGUGGUUAACUCAGUGUUACCGGUGUUACUUCUACCUAAGCUCCGCCCCACAGGUGGAGCAACCAAUCGAUAUUGGCACAAUGACUGAGAGAGGCUGACUCUGCAGGACGGGGGUUGUCUAAAGACUGUCAGUCCCCCCCACCCACGACCCCCACCAAAAAAAAAAAGAAAAAGAAAAAGAAAAAGAAAGAAAAUAGUGGAUGGUAGCGGUAUAUGGACCAAUAAAUGGUGUUUUUUUAAUGCUCCGUAUUUUCCAUUUUCAAUUUCAAUUAUUUUAAUUUGUAUUUUUUUCUCACAGUCAAGCAGCAGAAUUUUGUGUCAUUAGUGUUGCAGAUUUCAGUCAUCCUUUAAAUUGGGGGUGGGGGGCGUUAUUGUCCUGAAAGACAAUAUAAUGCCACAGGCUGUUGUAAUUGUAGACUACAGACCAACAUAUGCAGUAUUAAUGAUGGGAAAUAUAAAUGUGCACCACUUUAUAGAAUGUUUCUAUUUGAUCCAGGUUCAGUUUCCACUGAGGCUGAAAUACUGUAAACAUGAAGUUCAUACUGAACAUAACAGCAUUACAUUCAUACAUAUACAGCCUGAGUGUUCCAGGCAGAACAUCAUUAACAGAUUUCAGACAUGUGACCCACGUGUUGACUGUAAUCCAAGUAUCCGAAAAAUCAUCACAUAUUUUCUGUGUCUCUACAUCUCAUAUUACAGAUUAAAAAUCCAGAGAACAUGUGACAAGUCUCCGUGGCUUUGUUGGCAAUCAGAGGAGGUUAAACUCCCUUCGUAGUAUAGGCCUCAGGCCUGAUGUAUAUGUGUUUUUCAGUGAGGUCUUCAAUAUCUCGUCACACUAAACAAGCACCCAGUAGGCUCCUCUACCUGAAUUUGACGAAUCUGCGACCGUCAACAUGUUAGCAACAUCUGGAGCAAAGCUAGUGAAAAGGUAAACAAAUAUCACCAGUUAACAGGAUCACCAGUUAAACUAGAACACUGGGUUAUAUCGCAGAAAGGAUUACUCCUCUACAAACGCCAUAAUUAGGGCCAUCCGACUGGAACUUCGUGGACCUGGACAACUGUUUGGCUACCGCACGAUGUGGCAGGUACUCAAACCAAAGUACAAUCUGCGAGUGAAGAGGGAUCACGUGAUGAAUUUGCUCCGGGAGCUCAAUCCUCGAGGGUGCGAGAAGGUUUAUCAGAAGAACCUACCACUCCGUGGGACUGAACUAUAUGUGGCACCCAGAUGGUUAUGAUAAACUUAAGCCAUUUGGUUUUUGGCUGUAUUGAUGUAAAGUGCUGUGGCUUGCAUGUGGACCAACAAAUAAUGACCCAAGUGUGAUUGCUCACUGUUUUCUGUCAUGUGUGCGAAACCUCGGUGUCAUUCCUAUGAGACCGAAGGACUGAUUGUGGCACGGAGAAUGGGACCAUGGCUGCAAUUCAGUGCACGCUACACCACCACCACAAUUACCACUACUCUGGAGUGUCCAACCACAUGUAUGGCUCAUCCACAAACAACCAGAGGAUUGAGUCCUGGUGGUCCAUAUUCAGAAAGGGAAGGAGUCAGUUCUGGAUGGAGCUAUUUGCAGACCUUAAGAGAUGCCAGAUACUUCAACGGGAGUCAUGAACAUCAGUGUCUACUGAGAUAUUGCUUUGGUGAUGUUAUUCAGAAGGACUUGGGUGAGUGUGUUAAGAUUGUGGAACAGUCACAGGAUCCGCCCCUCCAGAGCAGCAUCAUGUCCAGGAGGAGUGCCCAAUGAGCUCUACUACUUACCACAUAGGUUUGGCUCUAGAGACUGUGGAUUUAAAAUUGAAAAGGCUGAACUGGAUGUCUUUCCCGAGGCUCACCUGGCAAGAGCUCCAUGUGGGGAUGCAAACAUGCAGGAGUACUUGGACUGUCCAUGGAGAACAAUCAGUUUCAGAAGCCAGAGUACUGGCAGUCUGCAACUGAACUGUAUCUGAAACUAAAAGACAUUGCUCAGCUAUGAAUGGAAGAGAGGUUUAUUGUAAUGGUGGAACAUGUACACAAAGUAUCUGAAUUUGUCACCCACAGCUUCAUUAUUUCAAAGGGGGAAAUAUAUAUGAAUAAAAAUAGAGCAAAGUAA